UGUUAAUCUUUUCUCCCUUUUCUCCUCCUGGGUACCUUCGGAGAGUCCUCCUCUUGUUGAACCGCUAUAUCAACUGUAUGCGCUCCUAGGGUCUCGUCAGGCGCCUUAUCCCUUCAUCCCGUUCCCCUUUCUUGCUUGCCCGCGCUACCACUCCCGAGACCAGAGUUCCACUAUGGCUACAUCACCAGCAGGUCGCAUGCUGUUGGGGCAGCUGCAACAGAUGCAGUCUGCUAAGGACCUUCCCGGCAUUAGCUGUGGGCUCGUCGAUAAUAACGUGUUUGAGUGGGAGGUCAUGCUCAUGAUCUCAGACGAUGUCAAGUUGUACGGCGGCGGCUUCUUUCGUGCUCGACUCUCCUUUCCCCCCGAAUACCCACAUAUGCCACCGAAGAUGAAGUUUGAAUCGCCACUUUUCCACCCGAACAUUUACCCCAACGGCGACGUCUGCAUUUCCAUUUUGCACCCACCCGAGGAAGACAAGUACGGUUAUGAGUCUGCUGCAGAGCGCUGGUCCCCCGUCCAGACCCCGGAGACAAUCCUGCUAUCCGUGAUCUCCAUGCUCUCGAGUCCGAAUGAUGAAAGCCCCGCCAACGUUGAAGCUGCCCGCCUAUGGAGAGAAGACCCUAAAGAGUUCAAGAAGAGGGUCCGCAAGUGUGUCCGAGACAGUUUGGGCGAGGAAUAAAGCGCUUCUGGUGCACAAUGAGAUUAUGCGUGACUGAUAUUGUUGGCGCUGGAACAUAUUGUCCUUUUUUUUUUUUUU